AUGUUUGAAGUUGAAGACAAGAUAGCAAUGCAGGCUCAGCUAGAUACAAUACAACACAUGCUAAAACAGAUAGUACAGGGCCCCACUCAGAGUGUCCAGGCAGUUGCCCAGCCUCCACUGAUUCCACAGAAUCCUUAUGGUUCUAACCCCUAUUCUGUGCCACAGGUACCUCUUAUAGCCUGUUGUGAAAUUUGUGGUGGAAAUCAUACAGCUCAGACAUGUCAAUUGUUAGAUUUCGGUAACCAAGUUCCUCAACCUAAUGUGGAGCAAGUUGACCUCAUUGGUUAUUCUAGACCACAGGGCCAGGGACAAGGUUAUGGGAACUAUCAGCAACAAGGAAGGAAUCAGGUUGUUCCCUCUUGGAACAAUCAGGGAAAUCAAGUGAGAAACAAUCCACCAGGAUUUCAUGGUAACCAAGGGAAUAGGGGUGGAAACCUAGUCCAGUGGAGAAACAAUCAAAACUUUGGGCAAAAUAAUCAGAAUAUAACUCAAAGGCAGUUCCAGCAAGGCAAUCAGAAUUUUGGGAACACUCAGGGCCAAGGUUCUUCUAAACCACAUCAGGAUGUUGAUAUGCAGCUUCUCAUGAGCACUAUGAUGGCUCAGUUUAGCAAGCUUCAAGCAGAGAUAGAUGGUCUCAAGGCUCAGCAACAAGGAGGAGGUAAUCAGUUUUCUAAUCAACCUUCAUCUUCAAAUGGUAGGCUGCCAGCAAGCACAGAAAAUCCAAGGAAGCAGGUGAAUGCAGUGACCACGAGAAGUGGAUUAGCUUUGAAGGAUCCACCUUUUCCUUCGCAUGAUCCAGUGCCUGAGAAAACUGAUGAGGACAAUGAGGGCAUUCAGGUUGAGGAUGUUCUAGAUGACAGUGAAGAGGAGCCUGAGUUACAGAGAGACAGUGCUAAGGGGAAAGCCCCUAUACUAGAUGAGAGUGAUCCCAGUAAAAAGCCUGAGAAGAAGAAUAAGCAGAUUGGAGACUCAGUUGUUCCUUGCAAUCUCUUGCCAUUCCCACAAAGGUUGUGGAGAUCCAAGGAAACUGAGAGAGAGAAUAAGUUCAAGAAGAUGCUGGAUAAGUUGGAAAUUUCCAUGCCCUUUGUUGAUGUAGUGACUCAGAUUCCUUCAUAUAAGAAAUUCUUGAAGGAUAUUAUGAGUAAUAAGAAGAAGUUAGAGAAGAGUGCUGUGGUGGAUCUCAGUGAGGGGGCAUUGGCAUGUGCAGCUCUUCAACAAAAGUUGCCUCCCAAACUGAAGGAUCCAGGUAGUUUUACCAUCACUUGCAUUAUUGGGGGAUUUGUAGUGGGUAGUGCUUUAUGUGAUCUAGGUGCCAGUGUUAGCCUGAUGCCAUAUUCCACUACAAGAAAAAUCGCGAAUCGCGACGGAAAUUCGCGACGGAAACUAUUCCGUUGCAAUAUAGCGACGGAUAUUGCGACGGAAAAGUUUCCGUUGCAAACUAACGACGGAAUUUGCAACGGAAAUUAA